AUGCGCAAUCACUCAUUCACGCGAACCUUUGAAACUCUUUCACCCUUCGAUGCACUCUCGAGUAUUGUCAUGUCUUCGGAUUUUCACUUUAAUUUUUUAAAAUCAUUCAGUAAAGUGAAUGGUGUUGAAAUUGUGUGUGAUUGGUUUUUGGAUGACACUCAAACACGACUUGUUCGGAAAACAAAAGUACAUGUAUUCAAUAAUCAAUAUUGUGCUCUCUUGGAAGAACAGUUGAUUUUCAAUGAUGAAUUUGAAUUUGAAAAGGAAAAUUCAUGUCACAACACCGAGAUUGAAAUGAUGCGAAUUGUUUUUACAAUUAGUAUUCUUGAGAAGGAAUCAAAACCAUUUCCUGGAACUUUAAGUAUUUCCGGAAUGUUUUUGUUUAAUCAGGAAAAGAAUUUCAAAUGGAUUCAAAAUAAUAAUAAUUUUGAUUUGAAUGACAUGAACAAGAUUGAAGAGAAUUAUUUUGUGAAUGAGAAUCCUCUCACUCAAGUGUCAAGCCAAAAAGCAACGACGAUUACUUCUUCUUCAACAUCUACUGCUUCAUCUGAUACACGGAUUCAUACAACACCAUCCGAGUCGACUGCAUCCAAUAGAGCUAGCUCUCAUUCUUCUUCUUCCAAUGAGAAUGUCACGACACGAGUGAUGACAAGUCGUGUAGACACUGACAGCAGCACUUCACAAAAUCAUCAUGACCAUUCAACCGUAAGAUUUGGAACCAAUGAAAUUAUUACAAUCAUUGAGAAUGAUCCAGUCACAUCCUCCUCCUCACAACCCCUUCCACCACUCAGCUCUCAUCAUGAUUCACUUUGUGUGAACACUGUCACCACCACGAAUGCUUUGAAUUCACAACAUCUACCCAUUCAAACCAAUGUCUCUGUAACCAUCUCCAUUCAACUCGAUUACAAAGUCAUGAUCAUUGGAAAUGUCAACUCGGUCGAAGAAAAGCUCUGUAAACAAUGUGCCAAACUUUUUGAUUUGUGGUUCACCCAAGUGCUCCAAGUUGAAAAUUCCUUAAAAUCAUCGCCGUCGUCGUCGUCACCUCACUCUCGAAAAUCUCAACCAAACUCCUCCAACUCCUCUCAUACCAUUUCCACUUCAAAACCAAGUCGAUCACUUCACAAAACCAUGAUGACCUCUUCCUUCUUUACCUUACGAUCGAGAAGUGUCUUUCGAGAGCACAAUAAGAGACGUUCCUUACCCAUGCGACCACCUCCCAUGCUUGUGAAUCAACAAAUGUUACAGGAAUGGAUCAAUGAUCCGAAUAAUAAUGUGUGGGAAAAUCCACUCGAUCCAAACACGGAUUAUUUAGAGACCAUUCCUCACAAGUAUCUCCAGAAACAUGAUUUGUGGGAAUUGAAUCAAGAGGUGGAGUUGCAUGACAUGAUUUUUGACUUUUUACAUGUUUCCAAAGUUUCAAAGACUCAUGGCAAUGAAGAGAAAGACAACAAGAAUAUUGAACCUCAUCAAGAUGUUGUUGAUCCAGCACGACAACAGCACGACUACUCAAAGAAGGGAGAAAAGGAGGCUCAAAGUUUAAGAAGCUCCAAAUCUCUUCAUCAUUCGACACAACAAGUUUCUACUUGUCCUUCACCUUCAUUGGCACUCGAGUUGGUGUACUACAACAACUCACGAGAGAUGAAUCACAAGAGUGGAAAGGACUCUCACAGUGGUAGUACGAGUCGCUUUGGGAUUUCUUCUUCUUCCAACAACAACAACAACAAUUCUUCUCCAAUGACCAAGAGUUCCAGCCGAUCCAAAAUUUAUCCCUUCCAUCUUCCUUCUCUUCAUCAUCAUCAUCCUUAUCAAAUACAACAACAACAAGCAGAAGGUCAUCCUCAUGAAUCCUCUCUCAUUUCCCUCAGUGAUAUUGUUGAACGAAGUAGCAAUCCCUCCUUAGGGACUCACAAUUCAGAAUCAAACCUUCGUUACACGAGAGAAGUCAAUAAUAAUCAUAGUUUUAGUAAUAAUAGUAAUAAUAAUAAUAGUAUGAACUUGACCUCCAGCACCAGCACCACUCUGACCACCACUCAAACACCUCCUCCCUUAGGAAACCCAACCUCUACGACCACUCCUGCACACGCUUCUCUCGGAAAGAGCUCUCAAUCGUACCAUAUUCUGCAACAACAACAACAACAUCAUCAUUCAGACACUGCCAGUGGAGGCACUCCUUCCUCGUCGAAUACAACAGACAACAUGUCCAUCACUUCCUCUCUGGAUGAUUUACUUGCCUCUUCCACUCAACGCCUCUCAAAACCUCAGAAAGUGCUGCGUGCCUUUCGAGAGUGUUGUCCUGCUCUGAAUUCAUUGCAGAAUGUCCUAUUGGCUCUCUUUCUCAUGCAAACCUUGAUUUGUAUUGGAUCCAUGAUUGUGCUCAUCUAUGCGAGUGGAGAAUCCUCGUUGGAUGAAAUUUCAGCCAUUCGUGAGAAGAAUAUUAAGAAGAGUGUCGAGUCGUAUAUGGGUGUGGCUUUUGAGGCACUCUCCACAUUAAGGUAUGGAUUCAUGAUCCAGGAACGUGACUAUAACUUUACUUUUCCUUCCAAUGCUUCUCAAAUUUGUCGUCGAGUGAGAAGUGUCUUUGCUCCCUCGAAGAACGCCUUUCUGGCCACCACCAUCUUUUACUAUGGCAAUAAUCGAAAGAAUUAUUGUGCUGUGGAGAAGAGUGUCUCGAGAGAUUAUGUUCAAGUGAGAUAUGACAAUGCAGAAGUAUGGAUUUAUAGUCACAACGAGUUUUAUGAUCCUGUGAAUGUUUCGUUAGUGUCACCAAAUUACAAUCCAACCAUAAGGUACAAAACUGGGCAAAAAAACAUCUUUCCAAAGUUUGCAUGGUCCCCUGUUUUUAAUAAUGCGUUUUUAGGAUGCAUUUCAGUUGCAAGUGCAAGCCAAUUGGAUUUUACUAGCUAUGAAACCAUUCAGUAUUCAAAUGGAACCACUGAACUCUUUCCUGUGCAUCACAUUUUGGGCAUUCACUUUGACUUGUAUAAUUUGGACUCUAUUAUGGCCUCCAUUAUUGAAGAUAAUAUGGAUAUACAGACUAAAUCUAUUGAAAUUGUCAUUGUAGAACGAACAGGAUUACUCAUUUCUACAUCGUUUGGAGCCCUAACACAGAAUGCCGCAAAGCAACGCAUCCACAUUUCAAACACGACCAGCGUUUUUGCUUCUGCUGCCAAAGAAUUGGAGAAUCGACAAAUUUUGAUUCCACCAAGUGUCAGUAGUGUCAACGAUUUUUCAUCACUCAUUGACGUGAAUGCAUCGACUACGAAAUUCAUGAUCGGAGAGAACAAAAUUACAAUCCAUUACAUUAAAGAAGAUGGUUUGGAUUGGAUCAUGAUUGUCUCCACACAGGAAUAUGGUUUCAUUAAGACUGUGUUCACAAGUUCACCAGUCUUACUUUCCAUCUCGAUUAUUCUCAUUGUUUUUGGAACGGUGAUCAUGAUAGUUGUGACUCAAGUGAUUACACGAUCCAUAUGGAACAUUUCAAGAGAAAUGUAUAAAUUAUCCAAGCUUGAAAUUGAGGACAUUAGAAAAAGGAAAAUGUUAAAAACUGUCUAUGAAUUGAAAAUUUUGCAAACAUCAAUGUACACUGUUAAAAACGGAUUACACUCAUUUAUGAAGUAUAUUCCAAGAGAUAUCGUUAAAGACGUUGUCAGAACAGGAGGCAAUGCUCGAUUAGGAAUGCAGCAUGCACACACAACCAUCAUGUUCACAGACGUGGUCGAUUUUACAAACUUUAGUGAAAAUACAAAUUCGUCCAUUCUUGUCAAGGUGAUGAGCGAAUAUUUCAAUAUUAUUACAGAGAGUGUUGAAUUGAAUGGUGGAAUUAUUGAUAAAUUUAUUGGUGAUGGUACGAUGAGCUUGUUCUCAAAUCCAUUAAGAAUAUUAUCUGACCAUGCAUUUAGGGCAUGCCAAGCUACUCUGACCUGUCUCAUUAAAAUUGAGCAAAUGAAGAGCAAAUGUCAAAGAGAAGGGUGGCCCAUCAUCAAGAUACGUUGUGGAAUUAACACUGGAAUGGCUUUAAUGGGAAAUGUUGGAAGUCACAAUCGAUUCAAUUAUACAGCUCUAGGAGACAGUGUCAACACCGCAGGAAGGUUAGAGCCUUUAAACAAACGCUAUGAAACGGUCAUUUUGAUUGGACAAAACACCUAUGAACAGGUGAAAGAUCGUUUCGUUUGUUAUUUUGUUGAUUCUGUACGUUUGAAAGGAAAAUCUGAAGCUAUUGAAGUUUACACGAUCGAAUGUGAAUGGAGUGAAGCAAAUCAUCAACAGAAACUUAUUCAUGAUAUGCUUGUUCAAGUGAAGGAAAGUUUUUACAAGAAAGAUUUCAAGUCCAUGUUGGAACAUGUGGAAAGUGCCCUAAGAAUUGCCAAUCAAAACAUGUCAAAUCCAUCCAUGCAGCUUGCUGAGGAUUUGAAUAAUGGCACGUUAUUUUCUUCGAAUGGUGGUGGUGGCGUGAACAAUCAAAGCCCUUCUGCAGAAAGUGCUGGUUUUUUAACAUCCACAAAAUUCAUUUAUGAUUUGAAACGAAGAGCAGAAUAUUUGAAAUCUCUUACUGACAAACAAAACUCAACAACUGUGACGCAAGAUGUGACUCUUCCUCACCAAGCAUCUUUCAGAGAUGCAUCAGAGACAGAUUAUGCGUUGACCUUAACAGAAAAAUAA